CCGCCGCCGCCGGCGUGGAAAAGUGGUGUGGUGGUGGUGGCUGGCCUGUUUGGAAAAUAAAUAGUGAAACAUAUAAUCCCAUACCCCACUAGCUUUUGAUCCUCCUUUCCUAUCUCUCUCUCUCUUUAUUACCCCUCUCCACUCUAUACUACUACCCCUUUCUUGCUUUUUGCUCCUCCGGUUCUCCUCCGUUAAGAGUCGCGGUUAUAGAAUACGAUACGAUCAAUACCCCCCACGAAUAAUCUCGCCACACUCAACAUUCCUCUUCAUUCCUUAGCCACCAGAAAAGAGAAGAAAUAGACAAAAACUCGACAAAAGGUCUAGAAAUCUAGAAAGAACACAUACUUCGAAACAUCAAAACAACGGGAAUUCGCCCCCAGCCGUCGAAUCGCAAUUCGCCCGAUUAGCUCCUCACUAGGAAGUCUUUGCGAUACCGAGCCAACGCCGCCUGGCGUUUUCGCGCUAAAGAAAUUCUUUCGAUACCCACAAAAAACAAUUCACCCCCCCCUCCCUUCAAAACACCUCUCCCUCUCUCCCCUCUUUUCGAUUCUCUCUCUUCCUUCCAUCACCAUGCCAUCCGUCCAAGCCAUGGAUUCCUCAAACAUUAAGAAGGAGAAUGCACAGUCCAUCAAGGUUCUUGAUGACCUGAUGGCAAAGUUGAGCGUGUCCAAGUCGCAAGACGAGGUCAACGCUGUCACCCACAACAUUGCCACAUUCAUCAACGGUCCCAUUGAGGAGCAAGACGCCCCUACCAAGUAAGUUGCAAAAGACCUCCUCUUGAUCCCGAUCUCGAAUAUUUUACAAAAACUUCUUUAUUUGUCUCGCGUCGAGAGAUAAACCCUUUAUCGGGCUGCUCUUGGUGGGGUCACAAAAAUAACCCCAUGGGGGCAAUCAGAAGAAUUUUUCACACUUCGAUUUUGCCUCAUUUCCCCCCAAUGACACAUUGCUAACAACAACUUUCUACAGGGCCGUCGAUGCCAUCACGAAGCAGCUCAACAACAAGAAGGAUGCUGCCGCCCGUGAGCGUGGCCUGAACGCCAUUCAGGCCAUCGCCGAGCACUCCCAGAUCGCCGCCAGCGUUGAGCCAUACCUCAUCGUUCUGCUGCCAUCUGUCCUCGCCGCUGUCGGUGACAAGACUCCCGCUGUCAAGACUGCCGCCAACGCUGCUGCUCUUGCCAUUGUCAAGGGUGUCAACGCCAACGCCGUCAAGGCCCUCCUCCCUCCCAUCAUCAACUCCAUCCUCACCGCCCAGAAAUGGCAGGAGAAGAUCACAGGUCUGACCUGUAUCGAGGCUCUCGUCGAGACGUCGGCAUCACAGCUUGCUCUCCGCGUCCCAGACCUGAUCCCAGUCGUCUCCGAGUCGAUGUGGGACACCAAGCCUGAGGUCAAGAAGAUGGCCUACGGCACCAUGGAGAAGGUCUGCGCUCUUAUCGUCAACAAGGAUAUCGACCGCUUCAUUCCCGAGCUCAUCAAGUGUAUCGCCAAGCCAGAGAACGUCCCAGAGACCAUUCACUUGCUCGGUGCCACCACCUUCGUCACUGAUGUUCACGAGCCAACCCUCGCCAUCAUGGUUCCCCUCCUGGAUCGUGGUCUUGCCGAGCGUGAGACCGCCAUCAAGCGUAAAUCCGCCGUUAUCGUCGAUAACAUGUGCAAGCUUGUCGAGGACCCCAACAUUGUUGCCGCUUUCUUGCCAAAGCUGAUGCCCGGUCUGACCAAGAACUACGAGAACUUAGCUGACCCCGAGGCUCGUGAGAAGACCAAGCAGGGUCUUGACACCCUUUCCCGUGUCGGUGCCGUCGUCGAUGGCAAGAUCCCAGAGCCUUCCCACGCUGGUUCCAUCCCCACCGUCCUUGCCAUCCUCAAGCAGAUCGUUGCUACCAAGCACAAGGAUGCCGUUGCCAAGUUCGAGCCAUCCCUCUACUACAUUGCUGCCCUUGCCGGUCAGCUGAUCGACGAGAAGGAUGCCGAUACCCACAACUGGACCAGCGGUAUUAAGCCAUACGUCGUUGCCAUCGCUGGCGAGACUGAUGCCCAGGACAUCGUUGACGAGCUCCGCCGCCGUGCCUCCCCAGGUGCCGAGGCCGAGGAUGCCGCUGAGGCUGACGAUGAGGAGGGUGAGGAUCUGUGCAACUGCACCUUCAACUUGGCCUACGGUGCCAAGAUCCUCCUCAACCAGACCCAUCUCCGCCUGAAGCGUGGCCAGCGUUACGGUCUUUGCGGACCUAACGGUUCCGGAAAGUCCACCCUCAUGCGAGCCAUCAACAACGAGCAGGUCGAGGGUUUCCCCAAGAAGAGCGAGGUCAAGACCGUGUUCGUCGAGCACGACCUUGACUCUGCCGAUACAGAGCAGACCACCAUUGCCUGGACCAUGAAGAAGUUGGCCGAGGUUGGUGUCGAGACCUCCCAGGAGGACGUCGAGAAGCAGUUGGCCGAGUUUGGCUUCAACGCCGACAUGACCAACGGUAUGAUCACCGCCCUCUCCGGAGGAUGGAAGAUGAAGCUGGCUCUUGCCCGUGCCGUUUUCGAGGACCCUGAUAUUCUGUUGCUCGAUGAGCCUACCAACCAUUUGGAUGUCAAGAACGUCAAGUGGCUCGAGGACUACCUGCAGAACUCCCCCUGCACAUCCAUCAUCGUUUCCCACGACUCCAAGUUCCUGGACAACGUCUGCCAGCACAUCAUCCACUACGAGCGCUACAAGCUUAAGCGUUAUCGCGGUAACCUCAAGGAGUUCGUCAAGAAGUGCCCAUCCGCCAAGUCCUACUACGAGCUCGGCGCCUCCGAGAUCGAGUUCAAGUUCCCUGAGCCCGGUUUCCUUGAGGGUGUCAAGACCAAGGCCAAGGCCAUUGUUCGUGUCAACAAGAUGAGCUUCCAGUAUGAGGGUACCCCCAAGCCCCAAAUCACCGACAUCUCCUUCCAGUGCUCGCUCGGCUCCCGUAUUGCCGUCAUUGGCCCCAACGGUGCCGGAAAGUCUACUCUCAUUAACGUCCUCACUGGUGAGCUGAUCCCAACUAUCGGUGACGUCUACACCCACGAGAACAUCCGUAUUGCCUACAUCAAGCAGCACGCUUUCGCCCAUAUCGAUCACCACCUCGAGAAGACCCCAUCUGAGUACAUCCAAUGGCGUUUCCAGACUGGCGAGGAUCGCGAGACCAUGGACCGCGCCAACAAGAUCGUCACCGACGAGGAUGAGAAGGCCAUGGACAAGGCUUACCGUAUCGAGGGUACCAUCCGUCGCGUCAUCGGCAUCCACUCCCGCCGCAAGUUCAAGAACUCCUACGAGUACGAGUGUUCGUUCGCUCUCGGUGAGAACAUUGGCCUCAAGAACGAGCGCUGGGUUCCCAUGAUGACCGCCGACAACGCCUGGAUCCCGCGUACCGAGAUUCUCGCCUCCCAUCAAAAGAUGGUCGCCGAGGUCGAUCAGAAGGAGGCCCUCGCCUCCGGUCAGUUCCGCCCGCUGGUCCGCAAGGAGAUCGAGCAGCACUGCGCCAACUUCGGUCUCGAUGCCGAGCUCGUCUCUCACUCCCGCAUGCUGGGUCUCUCCGGUGGCCAGCGUGUCAAGGUCGUCCUCGCCGCCUGCUCGUGGCAGCGUCCUCAUUUGAUCGUCCUCGAUGAGCCUACCAACUACCUGGACCGUGACUCCCUUGGUGCUCUUUCCAAGGCUAUCAAGUCCUUCGAGGGUGGUGUCAUCAUCAUUACUCACUCGGCCGAGUUCACCAAGGAUCUUACCGAGGAAGUUUGGGCCGUUGUUGACGGUAAGAUGACUCCUUCGGGACACAACUGGGUGCAGGGACAGGGAGCUGGACCCCGUUUGAAGGGGGAUGAUGCAGACGAAGUGACCUUCGAUGCUCUUGGGAACAAGGUUGAAAAUACCAAGAAGAAGGCGAAGCUUUCGUCCGCCGAGCUCCGCAAGAAGAAGAAGGACCGCAUGGCCCGCCGCAAGCGUGGUGAGGAGGUCUUCACCGAUGAGGAUGAGUAAACGGUUACAAAAUGGGUUUAUAUCUUGUUAGUUUUCGGCGUUUAAUAAAUGUUACUCAUGCGCCAUGCGAAAGUUUACGACGGGGAGAUAGGAGAAGGAAUUCGCGCCGCGGGGAAUGGAUAGAGGUUUUCGCGGUGGAACCUGAGUUUUUAUGGAUAGAACAUAGAUCAUAAUAGACCAUGUUUGUUCUGAAUUCGUUGUUCUCUUUUGUGACUGAUGAUGUUUGUGGU